AAUUGUGCGCCUGGCGGGAAUCUGGCGCUCUUUGCUUUUGGUGUUGUUUUCAGUUUAAACCCUUCAUAAAAUUUGGUCUUGUAGGUAAUGAAGCUUUGUUAUAUUUGCACUUCUGGAUGAGAAAACAUGCAGGCUUUUCUGAAAGGAGCUACACAAGGUGUUAAACCUCAGAAGGACAAAGCCACAGCUUCAGGCAGUGGAGAGAAUAAGCGACAGAAGCCAGUGCCUUGGGUGGAGAAAUACAGACCUAAGUGCGUGGAUGAAGUUGCUUUUCAAGAGGAGGUCGUUGCAGUAUUGAAGAAAUCACUAGAGGGUGCUGAUCUCCCAAAUCUUCUGUUUUAUGGCCCACCUGGAACAGGAAAGACCUCCACUAUUCUUGCUGCUGCCAGGGAGCUUUAUGGACCAGAGCUUUACCGACAGAGAGUGCUGGAACUGAAUGCCUCAGAUGAGAGAGGGAUUCAGGUGAUUCGGGAGAAAGUGAAGAAUUUUGCUCAGCUAACGGUGGCUGGUACGCGGCCGGAUGGAAAAUCAUGUCCUCCAUUUAAAAUCAUAAUUCUGGACGAGGCGGAUUCCAUGACCAAUGCGGCCCAGGCCGCUCUGAGGCGCACCAUGGAGAAGGAGUCACGCACAACCCGCUUCUGCCUCAUCUGUAACUACGUCAGCAGAAUCAUCGAGCCUUUGACGUCUCGCUGCUCCAAAUUCCGCUUCAAACCCCUCGCCAAUGAGGUUCAGCGGGAGCGUCUGGUGGAAAUCUGUGAGAAGGAGAAUCUCAAAUACAGCAAAGAGGGGAUUGAUGCGCUGGUCAAAGUGUCAGAGGGAGAUCUCCGGAAAGCUAUAACGCUUCUGCAGAGCACAGCCAGACUCAGUACAGAGAAAGAGAUCACAGAGAGCAUCGUCGUAGAGAUCUCAGGGGUGGUUCCACCCAAAGUGAUUGAAAAUCUGCUUCAAACCUGUUACAAAGGCAACUUUGAAAAAUUAGAGAUUGCUGUGAAGAAUAUGAUAGAUGAAGGCUACGCUGCUACACAGAUCCUCAGCCAGUUCCAUGACGUUAUUAUAGAGGAGAAACUGGGUGAUAAACAGAAGUCUGUCAUCACUGAAAAGAUGGCAGUUGUUGAUAAGUGCUUGGCGGACGGAGCUGAUGAAUACUUGCAGCUGCUGAACCUCUGCUCUGUGAUCAUGCAGCAGGCCACGCAGAGCGCCUGAGCUCACCACAGACCUUCAACACGUGCUCUCUAUCUCACAUAAAUUAGAUUUAUUUUGUACAUUAAAAAAUUGUAAUUAAAAAUGUUUUCUUACA